AUGUCGAGCUUUGUAUCUGAGGAUUCUGAAAAAGUGGACCAUGCGAAGCGCCAUCUCCUCCAACCGGAGCAGCAACAUAAGGACCCACAAGCGCCAUGGAGUCCCUCAGGCUGGCGCGUUGGUGCAACGACAGCAGCCGGGACUGCGUUGCUGUCCUUGUUGAUCAAUGUCGGGGUCACGAUAUGGUGUGGGAAACACGCGGACUUCAAGGCCGGCAUGGCCAUCCUCUUCUUGGGUGAUUGCGACAGAGUAGCGACCAUGAACUCGUGGCUUCAUUUUGGCAUCAAUGGCUUGAGCACGGUGCUUUUAUCAGGCUCAAACUACUGUAUGCAAUGCUUGUCGGCGCCCACUAGAGGAGAGGUUCAGAAAGCACAUGCCAAAAUGAAGUGGCUUGACAUUGGCGUUCCCUCCGUCCGGAAUCUGCAGCAUAUACAGUCGAGGAAGGUGGCAUUAUGGUGGUGUCUCGCCUUGUCCUCCGUGCCGCUACAUCUGAUGUAUAAUUCUGUCUUCUUUUCUUCGCUUUCGACGAACAGCUACAACGUCCUCUACGCUACCCAAGACUUCGUCGAGGGCGGUCUUUACGACACUCAGAAAUUCCCAGGCGAUGACAUGUGUGACAUCCCACAGAUUCGCCGUCAAGCUUCCAGCUGGGAGAGACUCGACAACGCAGCUUGUAUCAGAACAUACGCCAAUGAUCUGUUGAGCCAGUAUCGGAAUGUGAUACUGGUUGUUUCAAACUCAUCAAGCUCAACCGCGGCCAACAACUCUUUACUUGACAUUCUCGGGUACGAUAAUACAAUGACAGCAUUACUGCUUAGGGGCCAAAGUCGUGAUCCGUACCAAUGGAUUUGCGAUGAUGACAAGAUUGAAGACAAGAUUGACAUUGGCGACCCGAGAGGUUUGAGCUUCAGUAUUUAUGCGCAGCCCUGCUAUGCGUUGGUCUCAAAAUUGGAGGCGGUGGCAGAUCAAUGGGUGUCCAAAGGAUAUGAUAUCGAUCACUGCUUAGCUGAGAAGGUAGAGGGGACCUGCACCUUGAAUUUCAGUCUGGAUAUCGCCAUCGUUGUCAUGGUGUUCAACUUGGUCAAGAUAUUAUGCAUGUGUUACGUGGCCUUCUGGAUUCGAGACCGCCCACUGAUCACCGUUGGUGAUGCAGUCGAGUCUUUUCUCAGAGUCGUCGACGAUACCAGCAAGGGCAUGUGUCUCUUGAGCAAGAAGCAGGUCGUGUUCACCUGGGAUCGUUAUGCUCGUUAUGUAAGUGGGGGCCGCGCAAAGGAGCUUCCCCAAGAUCCAGUCACUUUCCGCAGCAAGAGGCACAAAUGGUCCAGUGCGGCAAGCGGAGGGAGGUGGACCAUUACUGUAUUACUCAUCAUCUUGGCUCUUGCCGCCAUCGCCUCACUAAUGGCCUAUGGCAUCACUCAGCUCGAUGGAGCGAAUGAUGCUCAAUCCCUGUGGGAACUCGGUGUUGGCAAGCUCCAUGCUCAGUCUCUCAUCAAGGGUUGGAGUCUGCCGUCAUUUGGAGGUUCGACCUUCAUUUUCGCGGUCCUGAUCGCCAAUUCUCCUCAACCAACCCUAUCCUUCAUCUACCUCUUCGUCAACGGUCUCUUCACCAGUAUGCUUCUCGCAAAUGAGUGGAGCGAUUUUGCUUACAAAUUCAAACCCCUUCGCGUCUCCAGUCCUUCUGAAGGCCAAAGGUCGACUUACUUCCUUCAGCUGCCCUACCGCUAUGCGCUACCUCUAAUGGGUGUCUCUGGUGUACUCCAUUGGCUCGUGUCCCAAAGCAUCUUCGUCGCCAGUAUUCGCGUCAAUGAUCGCGCUGGAAACCUCGACCCUGCAAGGUCUGUUGUAACGUGCGGGUACAGCAUCUUCGGUAUGGCCUUUACCAUAAUCGCAGCUGGAUUGCUGCUUGUCGUUGCCAUUGGGCUAGGCUUCUGCCGGUAUAAGCCUGGGAUGCCGCUGGUGGGAACAUGCAGCGUCGCUAUUGCCGCGGCUUGCCACCCACCAGAAAGAGAAAAGGUCGAGAAGGAAGAUAUCGCAUCACUACCGGUGCAAUGGGGCGCCGUUCCUGACGGCACAAAUUCAGAGGGAGCCGUGGGACACUGUUGCUUUUCCAGUGAGCGCGUAGAGAUGCCGAAAGAGGGCCGGUCUUAUGCUGGCAUGGGUUCACAGGACCUGAUAUUGUUGUAG